UGUCACCUCAAGGACAACGUAAAGCGAAUGGGGUCUUUUCGGACGGUGGAGGAGAACUCAGAUUGUCUGUCGGUCAUGUAACGUUAUUGUUACGGUAUCUAAAAUAAACCUUUUACCUCUCAUUUCUGCCUUGGUACCCCGCGUUACCAAGAGGCAACCGCCGGCUCUGGCUUCAGCUACAAUGAAUAGUAGAACAAGUGCAAUCGCCGCCGGCGUGUGCGGUGCGCUAUUCCUGGGUUACUGUAUCUACUUCGACAGGAAAAGAAGGAGUGACCCCAACUUCAGGCAAAAGCUUCGGGAACGAAGGAGAAACCAGAAGGCACAACAGGACCGAACUGGCCUAUCCAGGUUGCCGGACCUGAAAGAUGCUGAGGCUGUUCAGAAGUUCUUCCUGGAGGAGAUCCAGUUGGGAGAGGAGCUGCUGGCCCAAGGUGACUAUGAGAAGGGUGUGGACCACCUGACCAACGCCAUCGCCGUGUGCGGUCAGCCCCAGCAGCUGCUGCAGGUGCUCCAGCAGACGCUCCCGCCGCCCGUGUUCCAGAUGCUGCUCACCAAGCUGCCCACCAUCAGCCAGCGUAUCGUCAAUGCUCAGACCUCCCCUGAUGACGACGUGGAGUGAGAGACCGGAGGCGUCCGACCGAUUCAUAACCGUUAGUUUUUAAAUCCUCCCCAGCCCGCCCCGUAAUCUGUCACUGGCUCCAGAGAUCCUCACACAGUUUGUCAAUCCCGUCCAGAACGCGGGGCUCAUCCUCGCCCCCUAAAAGUGUAAAAAAUGACAGCCCCGUGGAGGCGAAACUCAAUCCAAGGGAAUAGGGAUGGUCACGUAAUGUGAUUUGCACUACGCUCCGCUCCAUCUUAAGCUCCUGAACUCCCGACAUGUAUUUUUUUCAUAUGGAUGUCCAUGGAUAUGUCUGUCUAUUGCUAAACAUUUUAGAAGAAUUUUUGUUUUUUCCGACACAAACUCCCGAGUGUCAGUCCCGAGAUUGUUACCGUUACAGCUCGUUUGAGUUGUAUGUUGUUACAGGUGCUGCCCUAUUCAAUAAGAGGUUUUGGCAUCGUGCUAUAUCAGGGUCUGUUAACUGUUGUGCGGGAGUCGUCAUUUAUUAAAAAAAGAAAACAAGACAGAGCUAGUAAAAUGAAGUCAAUUCUGCUAUUCUUCAGUCCAGUAACAUGAAACAUGCAGCAUCGAAGAGUGCAAGACUAUCUGCCAGACGCAUGAGGUUUGGGACUGACCAUCCCCCCCCCCCUCUGGUUGCCAGAUCAACUCGAUUUUUUUACCUCAACAGUUGUUUACAUCCUUUUUGUUAUAUCACUCCGUGACGACGACUACUAAUAAUAAUAUUAAGUACUGGUCAUUGCGGUGACAAAUAGGAACACAUCUGUGAAAAGGAACACAAAAAGACUCCACACUGGCCUCUUUGACCAGCUGUCUGUACUUAAGUUAUUUGUUCGAAAACAACGAGGCAGUUUCGUUAGUUUUCUUUUCUAUGGCAUGAAGGACUCUUUACUGUCGAUGGGUCAUGUUAAGGAAAGUUGCCCUGUUUUUAUUUUUACCAAAACAAAAACAAUAAAGAAGGAUUGAGCUGCAA